GAGUACGGACUGCGCAGGCGUGGGGAGCGGGGCCCAGGGAGGGGCUCCGUCCGCGGCCGGCCUGCGCGUACUGCGCCUGCGCGAGCCGAGGGCGGUGGCUUGGGCUGCUGGUAGGCGUCGUCCGCCCCUCCGCACUCGCGGUGUGGACGCAGAACUCAGCGGAGAAAGGCGGCUGAGCAAUGGAGGGGAAAAUGAAGUAUUAAAAGUGGCAGCGAUGCGGCAGAUCCUAAGAGAACCAUGGCAACAUCAGGUGACUGCCCCCGAGGUGAACUGCAGGAGGGAGAAGAUCGUGUGGAGUGUGGUGGCCAGGAGCAUCUCCAGGAGGGUGUGCACCCAGAAGAGUUUGUGGCCAUUGCAGACUAUUCUGCCACUGACCAGACGCAGCUCAGCUUUUUGAGAGGAGAAAAAAUUCUCAUCCUGAGACAGACAACUGCUGAUUGGUGGUGGGGCGAGCGUGCAGGCUGCUGUGGGUACAUCCCUGCAAACCACCUUGGGAAGCACCUGGAGGAGUGUGACCCUGAAGACACGUGGCAGGAUGAAGAGUACUUCGGCAGCUACGGAACCCUGAAACUUCACUUGGAAAUGUUGGCAGACCAGCCACGAACCACUAAAUACCACAACGUUAUCCUGCAGAAUAAAGAAUCCCUGAAAGAUAAAGUGAUUCUGGACGUUGGCUGUGGAACUGGGAUUAUCAGCCUCUUUUGUGCACAUUAUGCGCAGCCGAAAGCCGUGUAUGCGGUGGAGGCCAGCGAGAUGGCCCAGCACACAGGGCAGCUGGUCAUGCAGAAUGGCUUUGCCGACAUCAUCACCGUGUUCCAGCAGAAGGUGGAGGAUGUGGUGCUGCCGGAGAAGGUAGACGUGCUGGUAUCCGAGUGGAUGGGGACCUGCCUGCUGCUUCCCCUCACCCCCUGCCCCACUGAGUCAGCACAUCUGUCACCUCACAAUGACGGCAUUGUCAACGGUAGUCACCACGAGAGAGAGAGGGAGAGAAGCAGACUCCCUGCUUGAGUGUGGAGCCCGACGCAGGGCUCGAUCCCAUGACCCUGAGAUCACAACCCGAGCUGAAGGCAGACGCUUAAAUGACUGAGCCACCCAAGUGCCCCAGCUGAUAAAAAGAAGAAUGAAGUUGGAAGAAUUACAUGCUGCCUGACUUUAAAACUUAGCAUAAAGCAUAGUAGUCAAGACGGUGUAGUAUUGGUGGAAAGGGUAGACACAUAAGACAAUGGAAUAAAAUGGAGAAAUAGAUGCCUAAAACUAUAGUCAAUUGAUUUUAACAGGGGAGCAAAAUCAGUUUAAUGGAGAAAAGGUAGUCUUUUCAUUAGAAGAUAUUGGCAGUUAGUUGGCCAUCCAUAUGUGAAAUAAAAAAAGGAAGAAAGAAAAAAAGAGCUUCAUUUUUAAGCCUCAUACCUUCUACAAAAAUGUUAAUUCAAAAUUGAUUCUAGAUCUAAUAACUUGGACUAUAAAACUAUAAAACUUGCAGAAGAAAUCUUGGGAGAAAAUCUUCAUGGGUUAGGCAAAGGGUUUUUAGUUGAUUCUUAAAGCAUGAUCCAUUAAAGAAAAAGUUGAUAUGCCAGACGAUCAAAAUUGAAAAUGUCUGCUCUGUAAAAGAAAAUGAAAAGCCAUGGUAAGAUUAGGAGAAAAUAUUUGCAAAUCACAUAUCUAAUGUGUAUCCUGAAUAUACGAAGAACUCUCAAAAUUCAGCAGGAAGAAAGUAAACAACCUAAGUGAAAAAUGGGCAAAAGACUUGAAUAGAGACUUUGUACCAAAGUAUAUAUAGAUGGAUGAGAAAUAAGCAUGUGAAAAGACAUUAAACAGGGACAUACAAACUAAAACUAACGAGAUACCGCCACGCGCCUAUUGAAAUGGCUGAAGUUGUAAUAAUACCACGUGCCGUGGACAGCUAAAACUCAGGAAUGACACAGCCACCCUGGAAGACCGUUUGGCAGUUUCCUGCAGGGUUACAGGUGCACUUACCCUACGACGCCGUAAUUACACGUGAAGGUAUUGAUGCUGGAGAAACAGGCUGUGUUCACACAAAGACCGGUCCGUGAGUGUUUAUACCGGCUCCAGUUAUAAUUGCCCCAAACUGCAGACAACCCCAGUGUGCUUUAGCAGGUGAUUGGAUAAGCGGCUGUGGGACAUCCACACAGUGGAAUAUACUGGGCAAUAAAGAAUGAACUGCUGGGGCGCCUGGGCGGCUCAGUCGGUGAGGCGGCUGCCUUCGGCUCAGGUCGCGAUCCCAGGGUCCUGGGAUCGAGCCCCGCGUCGGGCUCCCUGCUAACCGGGAACCUGCUUCUCCCUCUCCCACUCCCCCUGCUUAUGCUCCUGCUCUCGCUGUCUCUCUCUCUGUCAAAUAAAUAAAUAAAAUCUUUAAAAAAAAAAAAAGAAUGAACUACUGAUGCACAAAUAUGGACAAACCCCAGAGACGACAUGCUGGCAUCAUUAAAGUCACAUAGAGUAAAUAAAACUGUGAUACUAUAACGAGGAAAGACACAGAACAGGAUAGAAAGCACAGGACAGAACCUUCUAGCCUAUGAAAAAGUUGAUAUUUUGAGUGAAAGAAGCCAGUCUCCAAA